GGACAAGUGAUGGAGCAGUGGAAGAAAAGAGGAGGAGCACCGUUGUUGGUGCACCAAAGAAAACCUGGUCCCCUCCCUAUACCCAUUUGAUGUCAUAGAGGUUUUUUUUUCUUUUUUUUUCUUUUUUUUCCUUGAGCAGCUUGCAGCCAAUCAGUGAGCAGUGCCGGGAAAUCCAGCAGUGGAACUCCACUGGUCCUGAUGCUUGCACUGAUUCCAGUGCCGGACCUGUAUGUUCAUCUGUGGAGCGAUGCUACGAGCAGAUUGUUGAGAUUUAUUUUCUGCUUUUCUUGUUCCACUCAGUUACCUGCUUUCACUUUUGACUGAGAAAGCAGAACAUUUCUCCUUAAGGGACCAACCCUCUAGUCUUUGACAAUGAAGUUCAACUUGUUCAAAGGUCCUCAGGCCGUCGCGGCUGCUGAGCCCACCAGCGUCACCACUGUGACCAUGGCUCCCUCCCCUCCUUCGAUGUCCACCUCCGCCCCGGACACUUCYGGCUCCAACAACACAGAAAUCAGCAAGAAUGACAUGUUUGAGGAGAUCAAAAGCAAGUUCUUGAAUGAAAUUGAUAAGAUCCCUCUUCCUCCAUGGGCUUUGAUCGCCAUUGCUGUGGUGGCUGCGUUGCUCGUCCUCACGUGCUGCUUCUGCAUCAUCAAAAAAUGCUGCUGCAAGAAAAAGAAGAACAAAAAAGGAAAGAAGGGCAAGGAUGGCUUCAACAUGAAGAACAUGCAGGGAGGGGAGAAACAACAGGAGGACGAUGAUGAUGAUGAAGGGGAGACCGGAAUGACAGAAGAGGAGAAGGAGGAGGAGGAAAAAGAACAAGAAAAACUGGGGAAGCUGCAAUACUCCAUAGAUUAUGACUUUGAGAACACUAAGCUCACAAUCAGCAUCCUCCAAGCUGCAGACCUCAUGUCCAUGGACUCGGGCGGAACCUCUGAUCCUUACGUCAGAGUCCUGCUCCUUCCUGACAAGAAAAAGAAGUUCGACACCAAAGUUCACAAGAAGACACUGAACCCUGUCUUCAACGAGACGUUUGUUUUCAAGGUGCCCUACGAGGAGCUGGGUGGGAAAACAUUGGUGAUGUCUGUGUAUGACUAUGACCGCUUCUCCAAACAUGAUGUCAUUGGGGAGGUGAAGAUACCCAUGAACACCAUUGACCUCGGACGUCCAAUCGAAGAAUGGCGGGACCUGGAAAGUGCUGACCAAGAGGAGCCUGAGAAACUUGGAGACAUUUGCAUCUCUCUCCGUUACGUCCCCACUGCUGGAAAACUCACCGUCUGCAUCCUGGAGGCAAAGAAUCUGAAAAAAAUGGACGCCUGUGGUUUAUCCG